UCCUUAACACACUCACACACACACACACACACACAUACACACGCACACAUGCUGCCUCUUUGCGUCCGUCUUUCCUUCUACCUCUCACUCAGUCAUAAUGGAGCCCAGCAGUCCGAAAAAGAUCCAGUUUGCUGUCCCUCCGCUGCAGGGACAUCUGGACCCGCAGGCUGCCGAACAUAUCCGUCGGAGGAGACCAACUCCAGCCACUCUGCAGAUCUAUAGACAACCUGGAACAGAUGUUGGAGAUCAAAACAACGCCAGCGGAGAGACGCAGCCUUCAGAGACCUCUCAGAGGAAGCAGAGCACCUUCGCUCCGCCCACCAUGAAAGUGCCCUCUGUGUGUGUAGGGAAGCUGAAAAGUUCUGUACCCGAGGAAGACGAGGAGGAAGCCAGCCUUCAGGACCAAUGACUCAGUAAGGAAAUCUCAGCACAAAAGUGGCAGCCGAUCUUCGACGAUCCGGACGAACGCCGACGGACACCGGCGUCCAUCCGGAGAGCGGCACCUACGAGGGAUUAAUCAGUUAAUGGACACGUCCGUUAACGUUUAGUUAGAUCAUGUGAAAGAAACGAGUCGAACGAGCACCUUCACUUCAACAUGACUCCUCUAAUGUCUAAACCCGGAUACCACACCCACCAAAAUUAACCUGUUUUCCCUGUUUUUAGUUUAUGAGAAUGAGGGAAGCAUAAUCUCCCCUGUCGCCAACAGCAAGACAACCACUCACCGCAAUCACCAAAGCGAUCCUCAAACAUCUGACAUUUUACCGCUUUUGGCGGGAAACUCGUGACCCGCGAGUAACUUGUUUUCAAAUGCCGUUAGCCAGAACACUGAAUCUGAAAGUUCCCUUUCCUAUUUGGAUUGCUAGCUCGCUACUACAGCUCAGCCAGGAUAGACAGCUAGCAGUGGUUAACCACGCAUGCUAGCUAACGUUAGUUUGUUAACUUCAACCAGGAAACGCUAGCUAGCAGUGGUUAACCACACAUGUUAGCUAGUAAAUAACUAAAGCUAUUUUCAGCUUACUCUAAACAAAAAAACAAAAUAAGUUUAAUUUUUUAGCUAACUGCUAGCCUGCUGGCUAAUUACGUAAAUGUUUCAGCUUUUUACUUGGAUUUUGUCUUUCAUGGAUUAUAUUAGUUUUAAUAGUUUUGUAAAGGGUUUCGGAUCCAGGAUCAACACAAGAUGAUUAAUUAGAGUCAACAGCAUAUUUUCAAUGGUUGCCCUCCCCAAAUUUUAGAAACGUCCACAUUUCAUCAGGAAUCUUUUGUCAGUUAACGCAACAGCUAAUUGCUAUAUAUACCCAUAGAAGUAAUGCAGUAAAACCAUAAUUGUUUAGCUCAUUAUUGAAAAGAUAUUGCUAAUGUAAUUUAACAUGAACAAUGCCAGCACUCGGCUCAUGAGUCACACCUGUGGCUUUCCUUCGGUCAAAACAUCUGUCCUUUGUUAUAUUGAUUUUAUUUUAUUUUUAUUAUUGAUUUUUGUUACUUUUCCCCCCCAAAAUGAAUAGUUUCACAUUUCCAGAUGCAAUAUGCAAAGUAAAAUUCACAGCUAACCAGCAUAGGUUUUGACUUAUUUUUAAAUACACACUAAUUUAGUUGAAAAGAUGUAUACACCUUCUGUAUAUGCAGUAUUUUAUCAUGUUCGUCACAGUAACAGCAAUAAAAUGUAAGCACUCCCCUUUGUCCUUCAAGUAUUGUUAUUUGUUAUAUUGUGGUCCCUCCUAGUGGUUUCUGUAGGACACUGUAGUGUUUUAUAUUAUUCUCUUAUAAACAUAGUAGUAGUUGUAGUAGUUUAUAAUGGUGUGUCCUAGUUUUAUUGUAGGGUUUUGGAUUUCACUCAUCCAUUUGGCUUUUAUGAAAAAAGUGUUUACAAAUUGCUGAGAAGUUUAUAAAACUAACAAGAUGUUAUAGUGUAUAAGAUUUGUUUUGGGUCACUUCCAUCACUUGUGUAAACACACAUCAUAAAGUAUUUUUUUCCUCUGUG